GCGGCGGCGGUGCUGGGGCGGUAGCGGCGUGUGGGGAGCGGCGUCUCCGCUGCUGGGCAGGGACGCGCCUCGGCCGCCGGGCGGAGGCGGUUCCGCGCUCGGCGGAAACAAGGAACGGGAAAGGAAGGGAGCGGCGAAAGGAACCGGUAUCGGCAGCCACCAUUAGUGGAGGCGAGAGGAGCAGCAGCAGCAGCCGCCGCCGAGGUGGUCUGCGGGCGGAGCGGACCCGGGUGCCGCCGCCGGCAGCGAGCAGGAGCGAACCCGGCGCCUCGCCCCUCUGUUCUGUGGGGCGUCGCCGCUGCCCGCCGGGGCUCCCCGGGAGCCGGGGCGAGAUGGAGCAAUUGUCAGAUGAAGAGCUUGACCAUGGUGCAGAAGAAGAUAGUGAUAAGGAAGAUCAGGAUCUCGACAAGAUGUUUGGGGCCUGGCUGGGUGAACUGGACAAACUCACACAGAGUUUGGAUGCAGACAAGCCUGUGGCACCAGUGAAGAGGUCACCCCUCCGCCAGGAAACCAAUCUUGCCAACUUCUCAUAUCGCUUCUCCAUGUACAAUUUGAAUGAAGCCCUGAAUCAGGGGGAAACUGUGGAUCUGGAUGCUCUCAUGGCUGAUCUCUGUUCCAUAGAGCAGGAGCUCAGCAGCAUUGGCUCUCAUUCCGCAAACAAUGCUGCAGUGAAACGCCUUACCACAGAACCCAAAACUCAGAAACCACCUGCUAGUCGACCUUCCACUAAGCACAGCAGCAUGAAAGGAUUGUCCUCCUCUGCUAAGCUGACUAAACCAUCGCAUGCCAACGUGUCUCUGGAUGACAUCACUGCACAGUUAGAGAAGGCCUCCUUGAGCAUGGAUGAAGCAGCCCAGCAGUCUGUUGCGGAAGACACCAAGCCAGUGGUUACUGCCCAGCACAGGAGGACAGCAUCUGCUGGCACAGUGAGCGAUGCUGACGUGCGCUCUAUCAGUAACUCCUCCCGUUCCAGCGUGACCUCGGCAGCUUCCAGCAUGGACUCCCUGGAUAUCGAUAAGGUGACAAGACCUCAGGAGCUGGACUUGACCUCACAAGGGCAACCGAUCACCGAGGAGGAACAGGCUGCUAAACUGAAAGCUGAGAAGAUUAGGGUUGCAUUAGAGAAGAUUAAAGAAGCACAAGUGAAAAAGUUGGUGAUCAGAGUCCAUAUGUCUGAUGACAGCUCAAAAACAAUGAUGGUGGAUGAGAGGCAAACAGUGAGACAAGUAUUAGACAAUCUGAUGGACAAAUCACAUUGUGGAUACAGUUUAGACUGGUCAUUAGUGGAAACCAUCUCUGAAUUGCAAAUGGAAAGGAUCUUUGAAGAUCAUGAAAAUUUAGUUGAAAAUCUCUUGAACUGGACAAGAGACAGUCAAAACAAACUAAUGUUCGUGGAACGUAUAGAGAAAUACGCACUUUUCAAGAAUCCACAGAACUAUCUUCUGGGGAAGAAAGAAACCUCUGAGAUGGCAGACAGAAAUAAAGAGGUGCUACUAGAGGAAUGCUUCUGUGGAAGUUCUGUAACUGUGCCAGAGAUUGAGGGAGUUUUGUGGCUGAAAGAAGAUGGUAAGAAAUCUUGGAAGAAACGUUACUUCCUUCUUCGGGCUUCUGGAAUCUACUAUGUCCCUAAAGGGAAGGCAAAGGUGUCACGGGAUCUCGUGUGCUUCCUACAGCUAGACCAUGUCAGUGUUUACUAUGGACAGGACUAUCGGAACAAAUACAAGGCACCCACAGACUAUUGUUUAGUGCUAAAGCAUCCUCAGAUCCAGAAGAAGUCCCAGUACAUCAAAUAUCUUUGCUGUGAUGAUGUAAGAACUCUACACCAAUGGAUCAAUGGCAUCCGCAUUGCUAAGUAUGGGAAGCAGCUUUACAUGAACUAUCAGGAAGCACUGAAGAGAACAGAAUCAGCAUAUGACUGGACCUCCUUGUCUAGCUCCAGUAUCAAGUCAGGCUCCAGCUCAUCUAGUUUGCCAGAAUCUCAAUCAAAUCAUUCUAAUCAGUCUGACAGUGGGGUUUCUGACACUCAGACAGCUGGACAUGUCCGUUCCCAAAGCAUUGUCAGCUCCAUGUUCUCUGAGGCCUGGAAACGAGGCACUCAACUGGAGGAAUCCAGCAAGGCCCGAGUGGAGCCUGCAGGUCGGCCCUUCGUGUCUGUCGCAGCUCCCGUGUCCCCGCAGACGAAAGCGGUGACGCCCUACACGGCAUCGCAGCCGUCCCCGGCGCCGCCGCCCCCGCCCUCGGCAAAGCCUCAGAUCCUGGUGCCCCCCAACGGGGUCAUGCCGCCCCCUCCGCCCCCACCGCCGCCCCCCACACCGGGCUCGGCCAUGGCGCAGCUGAAGCCGGCACCUUGUGCCCCCUCUGUGCCACAGUUCACGCCACCGCCACCGCCCCCCAAGAUACAUCAGGUUCAACCAAAUAUAAGCCAGGCCGCUGUUGCCUCCUCGUUGCCACCACCGCCUCCUCCUGUGCCUGCCCCACCACCACCACAGGCACCCCCAAAGCCUGUCAUGGCAGCUUUGCCCCCUCAGUCUAGUGGGAAGGCAGCGUCACCAGGGGUCACACAUGUCACUCCCCCUGUGACUGCAGCCUUGCCCCUUGCAAUAAAGAAACAACCAAGUGUCACUUCUCCCCAGGUGCCUCCUCUGCCCCCAGCCCCUCCUGGCCCCACUCCACCUGCAACAUUCCCAAAGCAGCAGAGUUUCUCAGUAAAGCCUCCUCCAUCCCCUCAGUCCCCAGUGCCGUCGGUGGUGAAGCAGAUAGUCAGCCAGUUCCCCCCGCCUCCCACACCACCUGCCACUGAGCCCCAGCCUCUGAAACCCCUUCCACUGAGUGUGGCUCCACAGUCGCCUCCAGCAGUGAAGGCAAAGCCCAAAUGGCAGCCUGCUGCUGCUCCUUCACCAGAUUUCCCCCCUCCUCCACCAGAGAGCAGUUUAGUGUUUCCUCCUCCACCUCCUUCCCCAGCUUCCUCUGCAGGUUCUCCCCCACCUGACAAAUCAGGGUCUCCAGUAAAAAAGGCCGGCAAGACAUCAAGCCCUGGAGGGAAGAAACCACCUCCAACACCUCAACGCAAUUCCAGCAUCAAGUCCACAAGCUCUGCUGAGUACCAUGAGUCCAAGAGGCCUUCAGUGGACCGCCUUGUCAGCAAAUUUGCACACUCCCCAGAGCCGUCAGGAUCUCCUUCCAAGGAGUCAUCGCCUCCUCCAGCCCCUCCAAAGCCAGGAAAGCUCAACCUUUCUGGUGUGAGUCUGCCCAUUGUCCUUCCACAAGGUGGGAUCCCAGCCAAGGCUUCUGUUCCGAGUGUGUCUGGAAAGGAACCUGUGGUUGAAUUCCCUUCACCGCCAUCCGAUUCAGACUUCCCACCACCACCACCUGAAAUAGAUCUUCCUCCCCCUCCAGUAGAAAUUCCAUCUGUGUUUUCAGGCAGCACCUCCCCGAAAGUUGCUGUUGUAAAUCCCCAGCCACAGGCAUGGUCAAAACCAUCUGUGAAAAAAGCCCCGCCACCCACACGCCCCAAGCGGAACGACAGCACCCGACUGACACAGGCAGAAGUUGCAGAGCCCCCAGGGUCAGCUGGCCCACAAGUGCCCACCUCACCCAAGUCCAGCCUUAGCGUUCAGCCGGGAUUCCUGGCAGACCUCAACCGGACGCUGCAGCGGAAAUCCAUCACCCGGCACGGCUCGCUCUCCUCCGCACGGAUGUCCAGAACGGAGCCCACGGCCACCAUGGACGACAUGGCCCUGCCUCCACCUCCACCAGAGCUGCUAGCUGACCAGCAGAAGACCAGCAGCUUUGGGGGCAGUCAUAUAUCUGGCUAUGCAACGUUACGGAGAGGGCCGCCCCCUGCACCCCCCAAAAGGGAUCAGAACACCAAGCUGUCACGGGACUGGUAGUCAGUCCCCAGAGCCAGUGCUCUCCAUGACUUGUGGGCUGCUCUGUGAUCGCCCAGCCCGUGAUCCCGUGCACGUGGAGAGGAUGUGGGGUUGUGGAUGAUAGCCCCAUUAAAAGAGGUGAUCUCAAACUGCAGCUAUGGCUAAAUGUAAAGACAUUCCCCUUUCAUGUCUAGGUUAAGAAAGAUGGGGGCUUAGGGGUGUUGAUACUGCAUUGGGAAAAGUGGAUAGAGAGGUGUUGGCUUCAUUCUUUCAGUUUCUUUUACCCUUCUUAGGGAUUGGACCAAACCCCCAUUUUCUUACUUUUUCUGCAUUUAGGGGAGGGGGAGGGAGAUAAUUUUUUGUAGUGUCUGUCCAUGUGAGACAUGUUUGUGCAUGUAUAAUAAGUGUAGGUAUAUAAUAUAUUGUGAUAUAUUUCGUCGCAAUUAUAGAAGAUAACCAGAAUGUUUUUGUAGAACCGUAUUUAUUGUUUCAGUCAGUAUAUUAUCUGGAAUCGGACUCUAACUGGUCAAAUCUUAUAAAGAUAGAGAUGUAGGGGGCACUUUAAAGAAAGGAAAUAAAAAACCCAAACCCACAAACUUCUCAGCAGUUUGUGGUGGGUAAAUUCUGCAAAGCUGAGGUGUUCGGCUGGUAACUGUACGUUGUCCAUUGAUUGAAAAGUACAGAUGCAACAUACCAAAACAUUCUGGUCAUAAUACUACUGAAAAUGAGUAUGUUCAGAGGAAAGAAAUAGAUUUUAUAUAUAGUGGGCUGGAGUGAAAUAUAUUUAUACUAUAAAGAGCCUCCCCCUCCUUUCAAAUAGUUUAAAAAUAUACACUGAUAGAAAUUAUUUCAAACUUAUUUGUCCAUGCAGUUAAGUAGGAUAAAUGUAUAUUAUUCCAAACCAUUAUGCAUUCUAACUGAUAAUAGGCUCAAUCAUUUGUUUCUGUGGCUCAAGAGGAAUAUAUUUGUGUUAACCCCUUCUGAAAGCUGCCAGGACUCCUGCAAUCGAAAAUCCUGUCAACCCCCAAGGCUGACCCACGCCGAUCGGUGAGCUGUCCGUGUAACCCUUACCCUGAAUGAACAGGUAGGUUUCUGUAGAAAGUGGUGUGUGCUCACACAGGCAUGCACAGCAUCCAGUCUCACCUGGUCUGGGCCUGGUAAGAUGUAGUGUCUUACAAAAACAAGCGUCUGGAAGUUUGUGAAAAAAGUGUUGUUUGUAAUGGAUUGGAAAUGGCCAGGAAACUUUCCCUUCUGGAAAGAGAGAAGGGAGCAGCAAUUUCAGGACAAGCAGAGUAGGAAUUCUCUGUUUUCUGUGACUUGCCAGAGACUGUGACCAGUGCAUUAACCUGUUUAUUACGAAGUUGCACUUCUAGCAGUCUGAAGAAGACUGGAAAUAAAAUAACCUUAAAGAGGCAAUAACAUUUGCUAAGAAUUUCAUCUAAGGGCCCAUAUAAGUAGAAAAUAGACUGUUGGUUUGCUUGGUUUUUUGUUAGUCACCAAUUUACAAUUGGUCACCACAUCAAGCAUGACAGUCCUUGUGAUAAGGUAGUGUAAGUGGUCUUAUGUGUCACUGCACAUUCCUUGCAGGGUGGUGGGACACAGCCUUUGUAAAACAGCUAAAAUACUUGGACUGUAACUACCCCAUCUUCAGCUGUUACAGCUUCCCUUGUCAGCAUGGGGAUAUUGUUGAUAUAUAGUGUCAAUAGGCUCAUAGGGCAAAUAAUUUCACUGUUUGCCUACUUUUUCUCCAAAAGCAAACUUUAAACGCUUUCUUUUUCCCAAAGAAUGAAACAAAGACAGCAGCUUGACCUGGCAGUAUCUGCACAUGUGUAAAACCAAUAUAAACUAAUCUCUCCUUAAAGUAAUUUAGGAUGAUAUUUAAGAAAUAUUGUGACAGUAUCCCCCAUUCCUUUUUUAUAAAGUUUUUUUUUUUAAGUCCAAAUCAUGAAAUAAAUGUCUUUGUGAAUAUUUUAUGAAUAGGAAAAAAAGUUUUGCUAAUUUGAGGUGGAAAAUUACACAUCUAUAACUAUAUAGUUUUAAAUAGGUGCAUCAUGAAAAGAGAAAAAUUAGUGGUGCUGUCUCUGCUGAACUGUUUCAUAUGAUUUUUUUAAAAUCUGUUUCAGCACCUCUGGAAAUUGUUUUAAUAUUUCAGACUAGAUUUUUUGAGCAAUAAAAGUAUAUACCAUUAUGUGCAUUUUUAAAGCACUGCUAUGGAAAGGCACUUUUUUGUAUCUUUCAAAUUGUUCACCAAGUUUUGUUUCUACUAUUUUUGUGCUUACAAAGUGUCCUUAAAAGCAUUUGCAUUGUUGAUUUUAAGCAUGCUCAGUGUAGCUGGUGACUAACUUCACAGGAGGGUUGCUGAGCUAUACUGCAGUUCAUGGGUGCUGUAAUUUUCACGUUGGUCCUCCUGCUGCUGUGUCCUGUGCGCAGCUCCUGGAACUCAGGCACACCAGAGGGCAAAAGGUGCUCGCUGCAGCUGUAACUGCUGGGCCCUUAGCCAUGAAAGGGAAGUGGGCACAUUCUCCUGCUCCUGGCAAGAUGCACCUGGGCUGAUGCAGCAUGUGCUCCCAGGUGAGAGCAGUCAGGGAAUUCUGCUUGCCCCACCUGCUUUUCUUUUCACCAGGACAGCCUCACUGGUGUGUGUCAGUUCCAGCCCUUUUACUUUAGUUCACUCAGUGUGGGUACCUCUGGGCUUUGGAUUCAGCACAUCAAUGUUUUCAGUGCAAUUUCUUCAGAGGCAUUUCAGCUUUGUUCUCGUUUUCCCGUGUCCACAUUUAUUUCCCCAUUAUCUCUCCCUAGACAAUUAAUCCAUGCUUACUACUGCAGGCUACCCACAGCUUGCUGGGAGACAGCUAUAUAACUCAAAAGUCUGCAGCAAAAAGAAUGAAUGUCAGCAAAGGUGGCACCCUAUAUUCCUUCUAGUUACAGUUUACUUCUUCAGGCAGUAGUGAGCCAGUGAGAGGCUCUGGCUUGCUUUCUCUCAGCUGAGCAUGGAAAUUUGGCUAUAGUGUGGUUCAGACAACCUGGUUGUCUUUUCAGGUUAUGAGAUACACCCCCCAUUGUAACUUGCUUUUCCAGUAUAUGUACAUACAUUUUGUGACAGUGAAUAUUUGCACCUUAUUUUGCAAGUUGUUUUCCUCCAUGUGCAGUCAUCUCAUAAUUGCACCAUAAUAUUUAUUAGAAAAUUAAGGGUCUGGAUUUCAGACACCAGGAAGAGGCUUCCUGCUACAAAUAUGGGCAGUAAUACUUUUGGCAGUUUUAAAAUGGGCAUGUGAAGGCUGAGUGUUCAUACUCCAGACACAAAAAUGCUUUGAUCCCAAACUACACAGAGUGUACGGCUGGAGUUGCAUUACAUGAGGCACAGGCUGGCCACUUGUUAAGGUGGGUGUCAGGGGACUCUGCUGCUGCAGGGGCACUUGAGAGGGCUCAGCUGUGUUCGUUAAUCUUUUCCACAUUUGAUCUUCAUUUCCUCUCUGCUAUGCAGCAUAGCAUCCACCUCUGAGUACCAGAGCCCUGUUCAGCCAGGUGUCUGUGCCCCCAGCCCAGGUGGAGAAAGCAGGGAGCUGCUCUCAGAUGCUUACAUCACCUUUCAGGUGCUGGGGAGUUACUUUGAAAGGAAAAACUAGGCUCUUCUAGCAGCACUAAACUUAGAUGAGAAAUUACUUUUUAAAACUAAAAAUAACCCACAGGUUUCCAUAGGUAACCAUGUUUCAGGUGGCUAUGCUAGGGGUUCCUGCUUAGUCUUUUAACACCUGUAGCUGGGAGAGGAAGUUAGGCACAAGUGCCUGAAGCAUUCUCUUAUUUUCUACAGAAGAGGAAGUUUCCUGCUUCACCCUGCACGGUGCUUUCCUCCUGCAGCAAACCACCUCUGAGUGCUCUGACUUGGUAGUGACCUCAAAGCCAAAGAGCUCCUCUCCUGAGCUUACUCUGCCCUUGUCUGCAGGGCAACAGUGAGGGACACAUCAGGGAAACAAAGUGCUGGUACCUGGAUUAUUUGGUUUCAGGUCUGAGGGGAGAGGAUGCAGUUUUUUCAACAAGUGCAUUUUAACAUUAACUGUUCUGGGCUUGCCCAUUUAAAGGUUUUCUAAUUCCUUCUUUCUGUGCCCUUAGGCAACCAGAUAAAUUAUAUCAGCUCGGAGAUAAAGUGUGGCCAGUCUUCCUCUCAGUUAAAUUUCUUUUUUUCCACAGUUUAAGGAACCAAAAGUGCCAUUUCAACAGCAGAAGGGCAAAAAGAAAUUUUCUGCUUUUUACAGAAAACAGCAUAGAACCAAAUUUGUUUUGCUACAGUGGUACUAUCGCAGGUAUAUUUGUUUCUUAUUCAAAAUAAGAUUAUAAGUGGGUCAUAAUAUGAGUAUUAUUUCAACUAGUGUCAUGUUGCACUCCAGAAAAGCAGUAUGAAUUCCUGGCAGAAGGUAGUGAGGAUGAAGCCAGAACAUGCAAGUUUGGUUAGUUACUGGGUUUUUAUUUUCCUUAUAGCAUUACUAAGGUGUAGAUUACAUACUGAGUCACAGUGCUCCUCAGUUGCACGUGAGUCUUAAUACUUUGGGGCCCAUUUGUGGCACCUGGUGUUGAGCUCUGUGUUCAUUCCCUUGCACCACUGGGACGGACUCCAAACCAGAGAGCAUUUAACACUACAAGGGAUAGUUUCAUUUGGAUUUUUUUUUUUUUUUUACCACAUGAUGGUGGGGUUUUAAGCUUUAUUUUGGAAUUCCGAGUUUGUCUAAGCUGAGUAAUUUUCCUUUCUGAAUUUUCUUUCCUUCAUUUAACAAAUUCCCGUGAAGGGGCAAAGAAAAAAAACCAAACCAGGGUUUUGUUGCAGGGGCAGCACUCACUAAUACUGUGACACAGGCUUGGUCUAGUUGUGAGAAGUUUAAGACACUAAACUGCAAAUGAGAUGAAAAACACACGCUAAUCCAGCACCACGUAAAUUACUCUAAUUGCUGCUAACCAGCCACAGGAGAAAUAGUGACUUGGGUAAUGAUCAUUUGGUGCUCUGAGGCACUCGGUGGGGCAAGGACUCAGUGAGCUCUCUGUCAGCUGAUGGAUCUUGGGUAAAGGGGAGCUAGAGAAGGUAGAAGACUUGGAGGAACACAAACUAGUGCUGUGGAAAUGAAUGAGAAGGACCUUCAGUAACAGAUUGUUAUUUAAAUGCUUGAAGGCAACUUGUCUUAUAGGAGCUUUUGGAACUCAACCGUUUGCUGCAGUGGAAAAUAAUUUCCUUCCAGCUUUCCCAAGAUGCCAAAGAUGCAUUCUGAGCUAAAUUCCAGGUAUGCAGAUGUGUGUACACCAGUCUCCUGUUGCCAGGCGUCUCAUACUGCUGAUCUCUAGCACAUGUCUAGUGAGAGAACAGGGUGCCACUCUCAGAUGUUGUCUGUCCCUUGCCUUUAACCAACACUGGGAACUGGGUACGCACUUGCAAAGGACAGUUUAACAAAGUUGUGCCCAUGGCACCCUGCUGGCUGAUUUGGUGCAGCACAAUAACGCUUGUACUUCUAAAAGAAAAACUAAAUGUUUUGUCAUAAGUUUUAAUUGGAAAUCUUAGGCCUCCUAGUGGACUGCAGUGGACCAGAAAUGAACUGGAGCAGCAGUUUGGUUUAUGGCUUACACUAAUUGUUACCAGUCACUGGGAAUAUUCUGUAUAAUACUGGAGAUGCAAGUGUAAGAAGUGUCAUUGCAAUGAUGAUUUGUCUGUGCGGCAAACUUGUGCUGAGUGCUGUAAAUACAUUCAUGUUUACUGCUUUAAAAAGAAAAUUGCACAUUUUAUCUUUCAAUGGGAUUGCCUCCCCUCUUCUUCCCUUUCCAAACAGAAAAAAAAAAUUUAAAAAAAUCAAAGCUCUUUUAGACUGAUAGCAUCAGGUUGUGGGGAGCUUUGCCAUAUUAUAAAUAUAUAUAAAUAUAUGUAUAAAUAUACUUUUUUAAGCAUGAGAGAGGACAAAAGAAAUACUACAUUACAGAGUACCCAAUAUAGCUCAUUAUACAAUGGAAUAUGCACAAUUCAAUAAAGAUGUAGUUAAAUUUAA